AGGGGGUGCACUGUCGCUGGAGGGAAGACGCGACGCGGCUGAAGCUUGGGGGAGCGCGCGUGCGCCUUCGCGAGUUCUACGCUGCAGGGGCCGCCGUGUGAGAGCCGGUGUGAGACCGACGUGCGGGCCGCGGGAAUGUUCCGAAAGGCCCGGCGAGUGAACGUGCGUAAGCGGAAUGACUCGGAGGAGGAGGAGCGAGAGCGCGACGAGGAGCAGGAGCCGCCGCCGUUGCUGCCGCCGCCGGGCACCGGCGAAGAGCCGGGCCCCGGCGGCGGCGACAGGGCCCCCGGGGGGGAGUCGCUGCUGGGCCCGGGGCUGCCGCCUCCUUCCGCGCUGACCUCGGGCCCCGGGAUUGAAGCCGGGGGCUGCUUCCCGGGAGGCGCGGAGCCCGGUAACGGGCUGAAGCCGCGCAAGAGGCCACGAGAGAACAAAGAGGUGCCCCGGGCCAGCCUGCUCAGCUUCCAGGAUGAGGAAGAAGAAAGUGAAGAAGUUUUCAAAGUGAAGAAAUCAAGUUAUAGCAAAAAGAUAGUAAAAUUGCUUAAGAAAGAAUAUAAAGAAGAUCUUGAAAAAUCGAAGAUUAAGACAGAAAUCAACUCAUCAGCUGACAAUGAAUCUCCUUUGGACAAAACAGGUCAUGUUAAGGACACCAGUCAAGAAGAUGGAGUUAUCAUCGGUGAACACGGGGAAGAUGAAAUGGAUAUGGAAAGCGAGAAGGAGGAAGAAAAGCCAAAGGCUGCCGGAGCCUUUUCAAAUGCUUUAUCUUCUUUGAAUGUUCUCCGUCCAGGAGAAAUUCCAGAUGCAGCUUUUAUACAUGCUGCAAGGAAAAAGCGUCAGAUGGCCCGGGAAUUGGGAGAUUUCACUCCUCAUGAUAGUGAGCCUGGUAAAGGCCGCCUUGUUAGAGAAGAUGAGAAUGAUGCCAGUGAUGAUGAAGAUGAUGAUGAGAAACGCCGUAUAGUUUUUUCUGUGAAAGAAAAAUCACAAAGACAGAAAAUUGCGGAGGAAAUAGGUAUUGAGGGGAGUGAUGAUGAUGCUUUAGUAACUGGAGAGCAAGAUGAAGAGCUCAGCCGAUGGGAACAGGAGCAGAUAAGAAAAGGAAUUAAUAUCCCUCAGGUUCAAGCAAGUCAGCCCACUGAAGUGAACAUGUACUACCAGAACACUUACCAGACAAUGCCUUACGGUUCAUCCUAUGGCAUUCCUUAUAGUUACACAGCCUACGGAUCAUCCGAUGCCAAAUCUCAAAAAACAGAUAAUACAGUCCCUUUCAAAACUCCCAGUAAUGAGAUGACUCCCGUUACUAUUGAUUUGGUAAAGAAACAGCUUAAAGACAGGUUGGACUCCAUGAAAGAACUGCACAAAACAAAUCGACAGCAGCAUGAGAAACAUCUGCAAAGCCGAGUGGACUCCACCAGGGCUAUUGAAAGAUUAGAAGGGUCUUCUGGGGGUAUUGGUGAACGGUAUAAAUUUUUGCAAGAAAUGCGAGGGUAUGUCCAAGACUUGCUUGAGUGUUUCAGUGAAAAGGUGCCACUGAUUAAUGAACUUGAAUCAGCAAUACAUCAGCUGUACAAACAGCGAGCUUCCCGCCUUGUCCAAAGACGACAAGAUGAUAUUAAAGAUGAAUCUUCGGAGUUUUCAAGCCAUUCAAAUAAAGCUCUGAUGGCACCAAAUCUUGAUUCCUUUGGACGAGAUCGGGCACUGUAUCAAGAGCAUGCAAAACGUCGGAUUGCAGAACGGGAGGCGAGAAGGACUCGUCGUAGACAAGCCAGAGAGCAAACUGGUAAGAUGGCAGAUCACCUUGAAGGCCUUUCCAGUGAUGAUGAAGAAACGUCUACAGAUAUUACAAAUUUCAAUCUGGAAAAAGAUCGCAUUUCAAAAGAGUCCAGCAAGGUUUUUGAAGAUGUCCUUGAAAGUUUCUGUUCAAUCGAUUGUAUUAAAUCCCAGUUUGAAGCAUGGCGUUCAAAAUACUACACAUCCUACAAGGAUGCUUACAUCGGCCUUUGCUUGCCAAAGUUGUUCAAUCCCCUCAUAAGGCUGCAGCUUCUCACUUGGACUCCUCUUGAGGCAAAAUGUCGUGACUUUGAGAAUAUGCUGUGGUUUGAAUCUUUGCUGUUUUACGGUUGUGAAGAGCGAGAGCAAGAAAAAGAUGAUGUAGAUGUUGCACUGUUACCGACCAUUGUGGAAAAGGUGAUUCUCCCUAAACUAACAGUGAUAGCUGAAAAUAUGUGGGACCCCUUUUCUACAACACAGACUUCAAGAAUGGUUGGAGUUACUCUAAAAUUAGUAAAUGGAUAUCCUUCAGUAGUGAAUGCAGAAAACAAAAAUACACAGGUUUACCUAAAAGCGCUUCUAUUGAGAAUGAGGAGAACUUUAGAUGAUGAUGUAUUCAUGCCCUUGUAUCCCAAAAAUGUCUUGGAAAAUAAAAAUUCUGGGCCUUACUUGUUUUUUCAACGACAGUUUUGGUCUUCAGUUAAGCUCUUAGGGAAUUUUCUUCAAUGGUAUGGCAUUUUCUCAAACAAAACUCUUCAGGAAUUAUCAAUAGAUGGUUUAUUAAAUAGAUACAUUCUCAUGGCUUUUCAGAAUUCAGAAUAUGGCGAUGACAGCAUCAAAAAAGCCCAAAAUGUAAUCAGUUGUUUCCCCAAGCAGUGGUUCAUGAAUCUGAAAGGAGAAAGAACUAUUUCUCAGUUAGAAAACUUCUGUCGAUACCUUGUACACUUAGCAGAUACAAUUUACAGAAACAGUAUCGGGUGCUCUGAUGUGGAAAAAAGAAAUGCAAGGGAAAACAUAAAACAGAUAGUAAAACUCCUUGCAAGUGUUCGAGCUCUGGAUCACGCUAUAUCUAUUGCAAGUGACCACAAUGUGAAAGAAUUUAAGUCUUUGAUCGAAGGAAAAUAGAUCUAUGAGACUGAAAAGAAGCCUAUUUGUUCUAAUACCAUUCCCAAUGUAAAAAUUUUGUAUAUAUGUAAAGUUUCUUAAACUGUAAAAUAUUGACUCUUGUUUUAAUACAAAGAACAUUAUUAAUAUUCAA